AUGAAUAAGCAAAAUGAAAAUACAACAACGACAACAACAACGAUAACAAAAGAUUUAGAAGAAUGUAAAGUAUGUCAUGCGCUGAGUGGAUCUAUCAUUAGUGGUGCAGGAAUCUACUCGUUACUACUCAGAAACAGACAUCCAGAGAAUAGAGUGUGGCUAUCAGUGUUGAUUCUAAAAUCAAUAUAUGAAAACCAAUCAAAUUCAAACUUUAUCAAUGAACAUGGUCACAUCCACUUUUAUUAA